UACGGGAUAAAAUCUUUACUAUAAGCCGGCUCGGGAUUUAGGGCUGGUAGUACCGCUAUCUGGCUGAGGCGUGCAUCACAAGUACCCGGGCAGAGUACACGAGGGGUAUAUCAGUGUUUUGUAUUCGCCCAAGCAAUAUUCGAGGAAAUACACACAUAUAUGAACGUUUUCACAAUGGAUUGUUCUGCACAUUCCGAUGGAUUCUGAAAUUUGGAAAAGUUGGUCUGUCAGUAAAGGUCCCGCCAAACGACAACUGAUGAAGUGAGCAGACGACACCCGAAGCAGACGACAGCGCGGGCAGACGACAAUUUCACGAGGCCAUGGACAAAUCGGAUUCCGUGCAAAGGGGAAUGUAUAUACCAAUGGAAGCAAUUCAAAGGGAUUUGGUUUCUAGAUACGGAAAUGUUCGGGUGUUGGUUGUACCGAAGGAACGAAACUCAUCGACGUCUUCGUGCAAGGAAAAUGAAGACUGUUUUUCAAAAGCCGACGGGAACGUGUUUGAGGACGAUUCAGAAUGGGUCAUUUCGGACAGUAAAUCGAGAAGUACUCCAGUAUCCCCAGACUUUUCUUAUAGGUCCAGGCAGGUUUUUGAAUACCGAGGACAAGCAGAGACGGACAGGUUCACGCAAGAGCGGAAAGACACAGAGAUUCUCAAAUCCAAGACUGAGUCCACGCCAAAACGUGUACCGGAAGUGCUCCAGCCGCCAUUACGCUAUGAGAAGGUUGCCGACGAGAACGCGAGUCUGACUCCCCGCCAAGCUGCAGAUCCAGAUCGACAAUCUGGAGACUCCAUGUCGGAGAAGAUCAAGAGGCAACUGUUUGCAGGAAUUGAAAACGAAUACAGAGUUAUCCGGAAUGAUACGUACCACCGGGUACCCCCAGAGCCCCACGACGACGUGUACGUUGACCGCCACCGAGACUCCGACAAGCACCCAAUGUACUACGCAUACAGGGACAAGAGGUCCCCUGGUCCCGAACACCCCCGGGCGUUUUUCGACCGGGACUUCACCUACCAUGACCGUCCACUCCACUCCCCUUCCUGGGCCACACCCACACCGCCCUCACCGUUCCCCGACCAUCACAGAUGCGACUGUAUGGAUCGUCAGCAACGACAUAUGGAGUCAGGCAGAGAAAGAUUGGAGAUGACAAAGAAAAGGAAAUUUGGUGAUACAUCGUCAGAAAACUCUGUGCCACUUUCUCCGAGAACCAAAAAACAGAAAUGCACAUGCUCAAUGAUGGAGAUGAACUUCCUGCAGAUGGCGGAAGCUGCGUAUAAGAACAUCCGGCGACAAGAUACGACACCAGCAAGUUUCGAACAGUUCAGUAGAGAGCUGGUACAGACGAACAGUGUGUUGAAGGAAUCCGUCAGCAUUCUGUCAACUAUACGUGAAAUGUGCGAACAUAGGAAUUGUAUACGAAACUGAAAUCACCAUCAGACCAUAGACUAUUUAUUCACAACACGAGGACAAUAUUUAUUAUAAUUUAUGAUCACAUGCGACAUGACGUCACACAAAGAUCCACACGCUUCAUAUCCGUCCAGGAUACUAUUCUGUUGCAAGAUGGCCGCCACCACGAACUUCUUCUUCCGGUGAGGAAGGGCAUAUAUUUAUUCCAUCCAGUCAAAGUACCACGUGUGCUUUAUGUUUCCAAGAAGUAUUUUAUUAGUGUUAUUUACGACACGGCCUCGGCCGAAAGACCAAGACACGUGUCUCAUGUUUACCCCGUCCAAUGUGCUGAAGUGGCGCUGUAGAUUGUAUCUCAUUCGCAGUGUAUCAGUUACCCAACAUAUACGUCCCAGAACCAAACACACAUAUUUCACUGAGUAACGAUAAUAUUUCCCACAUCAAAGCGGAGCGUGAAAAGCCUAAAACCUAAAGUGCCUAAUUAAAAGCUUGUUGAAAGUGCUUGACAUAACACUCUCAAUGUCUGAAUCCCCUUCUCCUGUCAAGACGGUGGUUUGAGAAUUCUAAUUCAUCAUUCUUAUCGCCUUUCACGAUCUCACCGAUCAGAAAUCGUCACCGUUCCUCGUCAGGAUGGCAUAUGGCGAUCUGGGCCAGCUCGAUGAAAAUCAAUCUGGCGUCUGCUUACCUACUCGAGGCAGUCGCAAAUCAAGAGACGAAUCCGACUUAAGUUAAUAUGAUUAUUAUAUUACACCUGACCGCUCGGUGCUUAAUCAUGGGUUAACGAGAGAACGACAGGUAGUAAUACCCUAGUCGAUCAAUAAUUUCAAAUAUCGAUGUCGCUAUCAACAAUCGGGGCGAAGAGGAAAUGGCAUAUCGCUUUACGGUUGUCGUGACAGUUUACGACAUUGGGAUUAGCUAAUUUCCCGUUCGUGCUCCAGUGACGCACAUGAUGAGGGCCAAAGGGAGCUUCGUUUUUUGGUUGUCGUAAUUAGAUCAGGUAGUAAUACUGACCUAAUAAUGGUGUCGGUGCCAUUCCAAGCUGAUAGUUGAGUAUGUGAGUGUGUUGGUUGUCUGUAAACAUUUCCAUCAAUAUCUAUAUUGACAUUGGUUUCCUAAGCUACAUCGUCAACAUUCCAUAACAUAUCGUUUGAAAUCAGGGGCGGUGGGGUAGCCUUGUGGCUAAAUCGUUGGCUCGUCACGUCGAAGACCCAGGUUCGAUUCCCCACAUGGGUACAAUGUGUGAAGCCCAUUUCUGUGUCCUCCACCGUGAUAUUGUUGGGACAUUACUAAAAGCGGCGUAAAACUAAACUCACUCACUCACUCAAUCUCCGUUGCAAUACACGCAACUGAAAAGGGCGUAUUGGUGAGUGAAUGAGUGAGGCGUGAAAUCGUUUGAAAUCCAGUAUGUAUCCACCAAGAGUGUUCAUUUCCAAGAAUAUUGAUUCCAGUAUUUGCGUUUUUGUUUACACCAAAUUGUUAAGUCUUUUGACAUCACCGUGUUUGUUUAAGCAAAACUAUAUUCACAUACAAAAGUGCAUUCCAUUUUCACAAGUGCUAAAUCGUUUCAUUUCUCUCAUCUAAUAUUCAUAGCCGCAUAUCGAUAAGACCUUCAACCUUUCCUCAGAGAAUCUUAUUUCCCAAAUAUAAUUUAUUAAUGGAAAACAUUGUUGAUUCUUUGUUUUAAAAAUAUCAAAUGCCCAUCUUCGACUUAAAUAUUAAUUUCAUGUUAAUAUUUAAGAAGUCGAAAGGACAAAGUUCAAAAGCAACCGACAUUUUUAUGGUUAGGAAAUUAAAACUGUUUUGAAACACAGUAAGUGUUCGCUGUGCUAGACAUGAAUUUAGUACAUCAUGGCCGAUUGUUAAGUAGACACUGCAACGUUUGGACGCACACUGAAUCAGACAUCUUUCUCAACACUAUGUUAUCGCCAGCCAUCUUAAUUAUUUCUGCAUGGCGCUAAACAUUCCGUUUAAAUUGUAUGCUACGGGCGGAAGCCAUUAAGCCAUUUACAAACGGUAUUGAUCAGCAAUGUAGGAUAAGGUCAAUGUUUACUAUCGGGAUUGUCUCAUUUGUUAAACGGAGUUUCUCAAAUAUAGUUAUGGCAUUUUCUCUAUGUUUUAUUAACAAGAGAAAUUUCGCUCUUUGAUGCGGUUAAACAAACGUAACAUUUAUGAGUUAUAAAUAGACAAUGAAACUCAACAGACAGCAAUAAUUACUUCCUGAGCAUAUUUGACAUGCGCACUGAGCCUAUUGUCAGAUGUUAUCAGAAUAAUAUCAAUUAGCAAUGGCCGCUGCCCCAAAACUGUUUGUUGAAAAUAUUUCAGCCAAUUCCAUGAGAUAAGUGCUUUAGAUGAAAUUAUGUUUUUCUGAAUAUGUGAGUAUAUGUUCUCGAUUUAUAUUUUAUGGAAUUUGUAUUAAUAUUUCAUAACAAAUCAAAUCAAAGCAUGCGCAUUGUUAUGCCAACAGAUCGUUUUCCAUAAUGCAUACAUAUGUAUUUCACACAGUGAACAUUCCAUGCAUAUAUCAGCUCGUGUCAUAUUGCAAGUUUCCCAUGUAUAUCAAAUGCGUUUUUCGCAUUUCAUAUUUUUUUCCUAAUGUGAGGAAUCUUUGCUAUUACGAUUGAAUGUGGUUUGGUUUUAUGAAGAUUCCUUAUCCCUACCUUGUGAUAAUAUGCUUUUAUACAUUUAUAUACAUCUCCCCGUUAUAACACAUUUUGGUCCGUUUUA